AUGCGGGUACUCCGUGGUGCGGGAAACGCCUGCCUUGAGAGAAUCGCAUCUAGGGAAUUAACCCUUGGAAGGCGUUGGCUGUCCCACUUUUGCGUUAUCGAGCAUGAAGUGCGUGCGCAGCAUACGCGACAUUGGCCACGUGGAACAGAAGUGGGUUUUGAAAACGACUUGAAGCUUGCUGUGAAACAAUAUGUGCCAUACAACGAGAGAACAACAACGCUGGGCGAUGUCACCUUCAUUGCUGCGCAUGCGAACGGCUUUCCUAAGGAGCUUUAUGAGCCAAUGUUUGACGACCUUUAUGAGGAGUUGAAAGCUUUGGGAAGGAGCAUUCGGGCGAUCUGGAUUGCCGAUCUGGCUCAUCAAGGUCAGAGCUAUGUCCUCAACGAGAAGGCAUUGGGAAAUGACCCGAAUUGGUGGGACGGUGCCAGAGACCUCCUCUUUCUUAUGAACCAAAAGCAAGAUGAGAUGCCCCAGCCACUAAUCGGCAUUGGCCAUAGCAUGGGAGGGUCACAACUGGUUCAGCUGUCACUCCUUCAUCCUCGACUGCUACAGGGGUUGAUCCUUAUCGACCCCGUCAUCCAGACCGAGAAUCCAAGCAGAAGCUUUGCAAAGCCGUCAACUUACCGUCGGGACAUCUGGACAUCGCGAGACGAAGCAAGGGCGAAAUUUGAGAACAGUAAAUUCUAUCGGGCCUGGGAUUCAAGGGUGUUUGAGAAGUGGAUGCAGUACGGGUUACGGGAUCUUCCCACUGAGAUGUACCCAGACAGAGGUGGAAGCAAAGAGACGCCUGUGACGCUCACGACACCGAAGUCCCAGGAAGUCUUCUCAUACUUGAGGCCGAAGUAUUAUGGGACGUCGGGCAUUGCUCCGGAGAAGGAUUGGGAUGUGUACGGUGACAUGCACCCAGAUGACAUUGAGGAAGACUACCCCUUCUAUCGCCCUGAGUCGGCCCAAAUAUUCCGGCGUUUACCAGAACUGAAACCCCCUGUCUUAUACAUAUUCGGCAAAAACUCUGAACUUGCGACGCCAGAAUUGAGAAGAAAGAAAAUGGAAACAACGGGAACCGGAGUGGGUGGAAGUGGUGGGUCGGCUGAAGGCAAGGUGAAGGAGGUCGUAUUGAAUUGCGGUCACUUGGUGCCCAUGGAAAGAACUACUGAAUGCGCUGCUGCGGUGGCAUCGUUCGCGACAUCGGAGCUUGCUCGCUGGGAGGAGCAUACACGUCAAGGACAGGCACAAUGGCUGACGAAGCCGAGGAGUGACAGAGUCGGAAUUGACGAUGAAUGGAGACGGAUGAUAGGACAAAGAGAUCUUCGAAAUCUAGGUGAUACCGCGGUGAAGAACUAG